AUGGGUUUCGUAUACAAUCAAUUAUUCAAGCGACUUCCAUAUCCUACUGGAUCUUAUGCUGGGAAGACAGUUAUCGUUACUGGUAGCAAUACAGGCUUAGGUCUCGAGGCUGCACGACACUUUGCCAGAUUGGGAGCUUCUAAGCUUAUUCUUGGUGUUCGUAAUUUGAAGAAGGGAGAGGAGGCAAAGAAGGAUAUCGAAAGUACUACGAAAUGCGGUAAAAAUGUGAUCGAGGUUUGGAAGGUUGAUAUGUCCAGUUAUGACAGUGUCAAGCAGUUUGCUACCAAAGUUAAUAAAAAACUUGAACGUUUGGACACUUUCUUGGCCAAUGCAGGAGUUGCCAAGACUCGUUUUGAGUUGGCGGAGGAAAACGAAACUAGUAUCACUGUGAACGUAGUUUCUACUUUCCUUCUGGUGGGAUUAAUCAUGCCUAAAUUGAAGGAAACUGCUUUAAAAUUCCACACCAGACCUAAUUUAACAAUUACCUCAUCGGAGGUUCAUGCAUGGACCAAGUUCCCUGCUAAGUCGGCGCCAGAAGGAAAGAUUUUUGAUACCUUAAGUGACAAGGAUUUUCUUGAAAAGAAUAUGGGUGACCAGUAUCAGGUUACCAAACUUCUUGAAGUUCUAGCUGUCAGAUAUCUUGUCGAACACCAUGACUUCCCGGUUACAAUCGAUUUGGUUAACCCUGGUUUUUGCAAGUCCCAAUUAGGACGCGAAGUGAAUUCAUGGAUAUUCAGCUUGGGACAAUUGAUUUUGGCUAUUAGUGCAGAAGCGGGAAGCCGUAACUUGGUUUUCGCAGCGUCUAGAGAUGCUACAUACAACGGAAACUACGUCAGCUAUUGCGAACUUACCCAGCCUUCAGAUUUUGUGUUAAGCGAUGAGGGUAAGAAGGUUCAGGAACGAGUUGGUAAUGAGUUAAUGAAGAAACUCGAGACUAUUCAACCUGGAAUUACGGAAAAUUUCUAA